UAUUUUCAAAUGGAUUAUAUAUUCGGAGAUUUGGACAGAUAACUUCAUAUGCCUCAUGCAGCUUGGAUUACACAGGAUCUACAUGACAUUGAAUAUCAAGACAAUCAUUUAAGAUAUGGACAUCAGAGGCUUUUGUCAGUGCUGGAAAUGGCAAGUAGUCUGCUCCUUUCUCCUAUGUAGCUGGGGCUGGGUCUCUGGGCAGCUUCGCUAUUCUAUUGUUGAGGAGUCUGAUCCAGGGACAUUGGUGGGGAAUGUAGCUCAGGAUCUGGGGAUAAAACGUUCAGAGAUCUCUCAGCGCAGGAUAGAUCUGAGAUCUGAAAAAUACCAAAAAUAUUUCAGUGUAAAUCAGGCAAAUGGAGGGUUGGCUGUGAAGGACAGGAUUGAUAGGGAGAGCCUGUGUGGAUCAAGUCCCCGCUGUUUACUGCAGUUAGAGGUUGUGGCUGAGAAUCCUGUGGAGCUUUUCAGUCUGGAAAUAGAGAUUCUGGAUAUUAAUGAUAAUUCUCCCACAUUCUCAUCUAAUGAUCGCAUUAUAGAGAUCACAGAAUUGGUAGCAAGUCCUGGGGUACAAUUCGCUUUAGAUGUUGCAAAAGAUUUAGAUGUCGGUGUGAAUGGUGUCAAUCAGUAUAUAUUGAAUACAAAUCCUUAUUUCUCACUGACUGUGAAGAGUCGUAAGGACGGAACGCUCAUCCCUCAGCUCAUACUAGAAAAGGUUUUAGAUAGAGAAGAAAAACAAGAACAUGACCUGAUUCUCACAGCUAUUGAUGGAGGAGAACCAGCCAGGUCAGGGACCUGCAGGAUAACAAUAGUUGUAUUAGAUAUUAAUGAUAAUCCUCCAGUCUUCAAUCAGUCAGUUUAUAAAGUCAGUAUCAGGGAAAAUCUGCCAUUGAAAACUGUCAUAUUAACAUUAAAUGCAACAGAUCAGGAUGAUGGAGCAAAUGGGGAGAUUCAGUUUUCUUUUGAUGAUCACACAUUUGAAUCUGCCAGAGAAAUAUUUUGUGUGAAUGAGCAAACUGGGGAGAUUUAUAUAACUGGACUUGUGGAUUAUGAAGAGCAAACCUUUUAUGAAUUAUCUAUAAAGGCUGAAGACAAAGGAUUUCCAAAAUUAAAGGGAAACUGUUUAGUUCAAGUGGAAAUAGAAGAUAUGAAUGACAAUUACCCAGAAUUUUCUUUUACUUCAAUGACAAAUAAUAUUCUGGAAAAUGCACCAUCUGGGGAUAUUCUAGGAUUUAUUAUUGUGAAAGAUGAGGAUUCUGGGAAAAAUGGUGAAAUAAAGCUAAAUGUAUCACCAAAUGUGCCUUUUAAAAUCAAGCAUAUGAAAAAUCGUUAUAUAUUGGUGACAGAUGGAAGUCUAGAUAGAGAGGAAACCUCCCAAUACACUAUAGAGCUGACAGCUUCUGAUUUAGGGUCUCCUCCUCUAUACAGUAAAACAAGUGUCACCCUCAGUGUAUCAGACAUUAAUGAUAAUGCUCCAGUCUUCACACAGUCUACUUAUAAUGCUUUUAUUAAGGAGAAUAUUGACCCUGGGGCUCUUUUAUGUACAGUAUCUGCUACUGACCUAGAUGAGGGGGUUAAUUCUGAUCUGGUGUACUCCAUAGUGGAGAGUCAGAUUGAUGGCUCCUCUGUAUCCUCCUUUGUCUACAUUCAUUCUAAUGAUGGGAAUAUAUAUGCUCAGCGUUCCUUUGACUAUGAGCAGAUCCAGGUUUUACAAAUCACCAUAAAAGUAGAAGACUCAGGAUCUCCACAGUUAUCUUCCACUGUUCCCGUCUUUAUCUUCAUUAUGGAUACAAAUGACAAUGCCCCAGUUCUACUGUAUCCAGAGCACUCUGAAGACCUCAUUGUCCAAGAGAGGAUCCCAAAGUCUACAAGUGCAGGAUAUCUGGUGACAAAACUGUCUGCAGUGGAUCUGGAUUCUGGUCACAAUGCCUGGUUGGUGUUUACUCUUAUUGACUCCAUUAAUUAUUCAUGGUUUCAAGUGUCUAAACACACAGGAGAGGUCAGAACUGUGAGAGCAUUACAGGAAACCGAGAACAUGGAGAAACAACUUGCUAUUUCUAUCAGUGAUCAGGGGAGUCCUCCAUUAUCUACCACAGUGACUGUACUUGUCGCUAUAGUAGAUGAGGUUAUAGUGGAAAUACCUAAAUCUGGGGACUUCCUUCCAAAUUCCAAACCCCCAUCAGAUAUGACUCUAUACUUAAUAAUUUCCCUAGUGGCUAUCAGCUUAGUCUCUCUUGUUACCUUUGUGAUAUUAUUGGUGAGAUGUCUGAGGAAAGACAGAUAUGAUUACAGUAGUAGUUGCUGCUUUCUGGGUGAAUAUAAUUCCAAAUCCUGCACAGAUCAGUAUCAGCCAGCUCUGUACCUGAACACUUGGGACUUUAAAAUACAUGGAGGUCAGGAUGCUACCUCCAGGAUCCCAGGGGCAGAGUUACCAAACUCACUUACCUCCAGUCCAGCAACAACAGGAUUUCGGUAUUGUGCAACCUUUGAAUUUUCCUCAGUUAAAGGAUAUAUUUCAAGAAACCUCAUCUGAGGUGCUGAAUGAGUCAAAUAAUCAGGCACAACCUGGUGCAGAAUGGCGCUUCUCACAGGCUCAGAGACCCGGACCAAGCGGAGCACAACCCGCAGAGGAGGCUGGAGUGUGGCCAAACAACCAGUUUGA